AUGAGCAGCGCGAAACAUGUCAGAUCCGUCUAUACCCCAGUAUUCUACCUAACGCCAGACCCCUCCUCUGCGUCUUCCAAACCAUUCCUGAGCGAACCUAGGGCCGUAAUGUCGUAUCUCAAUACAUUAUCUCGGCAACAUGUCGCACUCGCACAGAACGUGAAGGAGGUCCCAUCUUCGCGGCCAUCGUCCCCCGAACUAGAGCUAUACUUAGGACCUGAUGCAGAGAAGGAGACGAGUGGGCUGUCGGAAGCCCAGCUGCGACGCGUGCAGCGGGUGGAAGACCUCCGAUCCCGAGUCGUCGACGCGUUUCGGAAGGCCAAGGGUGAACCGGGGGAAGGAAAGUGGGCUCAAAUUUCUCAAAUGCUUCGGAUGGGAUGUACGGCUGGGAGAUAUCGGUGGAUUCGUGGAUGUGCUCCGUCGGGACGGCAGAUUCGUGAGUUGGAUCCUUCUUUGGUGUUGCCGGAGACAGAAGAAGAGUGGCAUGCAAUGGAGCGCAAGUUUGAGCAGAAACAACAGCUUAAGCAGAAGGUGGAGAUUUGGCAAGAAGGUGUCGCCCCCGUGGAAGAACAGUUUCAAGAGACGCAAGCUAGCGAAUCACAAAACGAGCCGGCCCACUCGAAGGCUGACACGACUCUCCAACGGAAAUCGAGCUCAAAGAGUACCGUCGCUUCCCUCUCAAAACAGGGCUCCCUACAAUUCAAAGUAGCCAAACGCGCCAGUGGUAUCAUUACCAGCGAGAAGCCUCACGAUCCGACAACACCAAAUGAUGGGCCAUUGCCACACGAGAAACCCGCGCUUCAGCUUGACCCCAGUCCAAUGCCCGCUGACGAUGAAGGCAGGGGAAUAGCAGAUAUAUCAGACACAUUCCUUCCCCCUUCUUUCCCAUCCCAGCUGCAGACCUCUACGCCCAGGCGCCAACGGUCAAAAGUCCCAGUAAUUGACCCAGCGCUCGACCUCGACGUGUCGCUCGCUUCCGUAGAGGACAUCACGCCCAAUUUUUUUAGCCAGGAGUACAACCGCCGGUCGUUUGUCAACGCCCCGGAGGGUCAGAACGACCCCCAACUACCUUCGUCACCGCGACACCCCCCGCCUUCAUCCCAUCAGAUCCCAUCUUCAUCGCUACAACCUUUGACAUCCUCACCUUCUCUACCGUCGACCCCAGUCAAGCCUAAUCCCAAAAAGAGACGCCUCGAUGCCACACCCGAGGAGGCGGGCGUCUUCAAGAAGGUCAAAACUACAUCAAUGAUCCCAGAGGAUGCCCACCCACCGACCACACCUUCCAGAGCUAAAGUGAGCCCUAGAAUCACCACUACCAAUGUCCAGAUGGAGAGCGACAUCGUGGACUGGACAAAAGCGGUUGUCUCAGGUGUUUUGACUACGCCCGAGCGGAAGGACAAGAACCAUAUACCAACACUUACUGAAAUCCUCGCUUCAAAAAAGAAAAGCUCCCCAAAUACACCGAAGAAACGAUCCUCUGGGGUCUAUUCAUCACCAACGCAGUCAAAAGCAAGAGUGUCUGCCACUAAGCCUAAAGAGGCGCAACCCGUUGUCGAUGCAGACCUACAAACAGGAACGAAUGAUAUACCUCAGGUACUGCCUGACCGGGAAGAAGCUGUCGAUGUAUCUAUUGCCACCGUGACCGAUGCCCCGCUUGAUGUUAGUGAUAUCACUCUCGACAAGGCGGCGCUCAACCUCGAUGUCAAAAGUCUCUACGACGCUUUGGAUGCUUCGUAUCACAUCGGCUACGAUAUCGAUAUGUCAUCGCCGGCGAAAUCACUCUCUUCAAUCGCUGGAUCGGAUUCUGAGGACUCUGACGACGGAGUUGGCGAUGCGCUUCGCGAUCCAACAUUUAUCGAUGCAGCCAAAGGUUUCGAACCUCUAGGCGCUAGUACACAAGCCGAUGGGGGUGGCGGCUUUGCGUUCGGUGAAAUGAGCCAAGCGAGUGUUGGAGGUGGUAUUCGCAGCUUUGGGCUGUAUAACUCCCAGUUCGACGUCGAGGGUGAGGUGGAUAGAGUCAGCGAGCUUUUGGAGAGGGAUGUGGAUUUCGACGGUUGGUUGAGAGAUGCGAGUAUCAAGGACGACGUAGAAGAAGAGGACGACGACGAUAUGUGA